AUGUUUCGUCAAAUCGGAAGAUCCGUUCCUUCCCCAUCAUCAAUAUCGUCACCUAUCCGGCAUCGCAAACCCGCCGACACAUUCCCACGCCUCUCUAAAGUCAAAGUCGGAUCUGCGGCUAAGACGACAACGACGACGACGCCCCUUCGCCUGUUCCGAUCCUUGGCCCUGAAGCCGCGCACAGGGCCCAUCCCACGUUCCCUCGUCCGCCCUCCAACCUUCACACCCUCUCUCGCGGCGAACAGAUCCUUCAGCACCGCCAUCGCCACUCGCAGCACCGCCACCAUGCCACCCAAGGAUGCUGCCAAGGACGCGGCCGGUCCCAUCCAGCUCGAAAACACCUCGAAACGUGAUUUCCUCCAAAAGCUCGAAAAGGAGUCGCAGGACUUUUGGGCGCAGCAGCAUGUCUUUGACGUCAACGCGCCCACUCAGGAUGACGGUCUCAUUGACCUGACGCCCGAGGAGGUGCGCGCCAAGUACCCCAAGUGGUUCGCCACCAUCCCAUAUGCCUACAUGAACGGCUCGCUCCACCUCGGUCACGCAUUCACGCUCUCCAAGGUCGAGUUCGCUGCCGGUUACGAGCGCAUGCAGGGCAAGCGUGCUCUGUUCCCUUGGGCCUUCCACGUGACAGGUAUGCCCAUCCGUGCGGCUGCCGAUAAGCUCGUUCGCGAGAUCGAGCUGUUCGGUGAAGAUUUUUCUGGAUACAAGGACCCAGCAGACGAGGCAGAGCAGGAGGAAGCACCCGAACCACCAGCGCCCACCGCCAACACAUCGAGCGCCACCAAGACCAACGUCGCAAAGGCGACCAAGGGCAAGCUGGCGGGAAAGGACACAGGUCUCAAGUAUCAGUUCCAGAUCAUGCUCAACUCGGGUGUGCCCAAGGACGAGAUCAAAAAGUUCGCCGAUGCCAACUACUGGCUCAGCUACUUCCCUCCCAUCGCCAAAGCCGACUGCACCGCAUUCGGCUCUAGAAUCGACUGGCGACGUAAUUUCAUCACCACCGACGUCAACCCGUACUACGACAGCUUCGUCCGAUGGCAGAUGAACAAGCUCCACGCCAUGGACAAGAUCAAGUUCGGCGAACGUUACACCAUCUACUCGCCCAAGGACGGCCAGCCGUGCAUGGACCACGACCGAUCGGACGGUGAAGGUGUAGGCCCACAAGAAUACACUGGUCUCAAGAUGGAGCUCGUACAGUGGGGUGCGCUCGCUGCACCGGAGCUCGACGCCAAGCUGCAGGGCAAGAACGUCUACUUUGUCGCCGCCACGCUCCGUCCAGAGACCAUGUACGGCCAGACCAACUGCUACGUUGGACCCUCGAUCGACUACGGCGCCUUCCAGAUCAACGACACCGACGUCUACAUCUGCACCGAGCGCGCCGCUCGCAACAUGGCUUUCCAGGGCAUCACCAAGGAGCGCGGACAGGUCAACUCGCUCGCCACCGUCAAAGGCUCGCAGCUCGUCGGCACCAAGAUCAAGGCUCCCUUUGGUCUCUACCCGGAAGUCUACGUGCUGCCCAUGGAGACGGUGCUCGCCACCAAGGGUACCGGUGUCGUCACCUCGGUCCCCUCGGACUCGCCCGACGACUACGCCACGCUCAUGGAUCUGCGCAAGAAGGCCGAGUACUACAAGAUCGACCCGCAGUGGGCCGGCUUGGAUCCCAUCCCCGUCAUCCGCACCCCCGCCUACGGCGACAUGACCGCCGAGACGCUCGUCAAGCAGCUCAAGAUCCAGAGCGCCAAGGACAAGAACCAGCUCGCUGAAGCCAAGGAGCUCGCCUAUAAGGAAGGCUUCUACAACGGAACCAUGCUCGUCGGUUCGUACAAGGGCGAGCCGGUGCAGGACGCCAAGAACAAGGUGCGCGACGAGAUGAUCAAGGCCAAGCUCGCAUUCGCCUACGCCGAGCCCGAGGGCAAGGUCAUCAGCCGAAGUGCCGACGAGUGCGUUGUGGCGCUUUGCGACCAGUGGUACAUGGACUACGGCGAGGAGUCGUGGAAGGCCCAGGCCAGCAAGCUCAUUGCACAGAUGAACACGUUCGGAUCUGAGGUGAGGAACGCGUUCGAGGGUACAAUCGACUGGCUCAAGCAGUGGGCCUGCGCUCGUUCCUACGGUCUCGGCUCGAAGCUGCCGUGGGACCCUCAGUACCUGGUAGAGUCGCUCAGCGAUUCCACCAUCUACAUGUCCUACUACACCAUCGCACAUCACCUGCAGGGAGGCGUCGCUGACGGCAGCAAGGUCGGUCCGAUCGGCAUCAAGGCCGAAGAGCUCACCGACGACAUCUGGGACUACAUUCUCGGAGACGCCGCUUACCCCACCGACACCACCAUCCCCAAGGAGAAGGCCGAGGUGCUGCGACGCGAGUUCCGCUACUUCUACCCCAUGGAUCUGCGUUCGUCGGGCAAGGAUCUGAUCCCCAACCAUCUCACGUUCUGCGUCUACGUACACUCGGCGCUGUUCCCCGAGCACCACUGGCCGCGCGCCAUCCGCGCCAACGGCCACCUCAUGCUAAACGGCAAGAAGAUGUCCAAGUCGACGGGCAACUCGCUGAGUCUGCGCCAGUCGGUCGAAAAGUUCGGAGCCGACGCCACGCGUCUCUCGCUCGCCGACGCCGGUGACGGCAUCGAGGACGCCAAUUUCGAGGAGAAGACGGCCAACGCCAACAUCCUGCGUCUGCACACGCUCAUCGAGUGGUGUGCCGAAGUGGUGGCCAACAAGGACAAACUUCGAUCGGGCGCCAAGGACACGUUCUGGGACAAGUCGUUCGAGAACCAGAUCAACAACCUGAUCCAGCUGACCAACGAGGCGUACGAAAAGUCGCUGUACAAGGACGCCACCAAGUUUGGGUUCUACGAGCUGCAGACGGCGCGCGAUCUGUACCGCGAGGCGACGUCGGAUGUGGGGAUGCAUGUGGAUUUGGUGCUGAGGUGGAUCAGGACGCAGGCGCUGCUGAUUACGCCGAUCGCGCCCCACUUUGCCGAGCACGUGUGGCGCAACUUUUUGGGCGAGCAGAGUUCCAUUCAGACGGCGAGGUGGCCGGAGGCAUCGGCGCCGGUGGAUCACUCGAUCACCGAGGCGCUGGCGUACGUUUCGGGUACGGUCAAGACGGUUCGUGACGCCGAGAUCCUGCUCACCAAGAAGGCCAAGGGCAAGAACGCCACCGCUCCAGCGGUCAAGUACAACGAGCGUGCGCCCAAGGAAUGCCGUAUGUUUGUAGCCAAGCACUUCCCCUCGUGGCAGGACAAGUGCGUCUCGGUGGUGCAGGAGCACUACGACGCCUCGACGGGCUCGUUCGACGACAAGGCGAUCCGCGAACAGCUCGCCAAGGACGGAAUGCUCAAGGACAAGAAGGUGAUGAACUUUAUCGUCACGUUCAAGAAGCGCAUCGGCGAUUUCGGUGCGGAGAGCGCGUUCAACAGGCUGCUUCCGUUCGACGAGGUGGCGACGCUGAAGGCGGCGAGCGGGUACUUUAAAAAGACGAUGGGUUUCAAGGAGAUCCACGUGUAUUGCAUUGAGGAGGAGAGGGAGACGGUGGAGGGGCUGGACGGGGUGGAUGCAAAGCUGCUGGAGGUCGCCGAGCCUGGACAGCCGAGCUUUACGUUCUUCAAUACGGAGGCGUGA